GUCUUUUUGUUUUUUGUUUUUUCUUUCGCCUUUACGUCGAGACGAUGCCGCUGGUGUCUCUUUUGAAUGGUCUGUGGGAUCCUGUGGCUUCUCGUUUAGAGAACUGGAUUGUUUCCUUUGCAGCCAAGCUGCCUGUCGAGACCGAUUGGACCCAGUCAAUUCAAGGAUCUUGGUAUGUGCAUCCUCGCCAGCAUGCCAUCGAGAUUGUAUUCUUGUCCAGUGCAUUUGUAUGUGCUUCGGCCUACUUCUUGCGUCGGGCCUUGCGUCCGGGUACCCUGAAUUACAAGUUGCUGUCAAACUUUAGUCCUCCCACCCCGCCUUCGUUGACUGAAAAAGUCAUGGUGGGAUCGUUGAUUGCUUCCUUGGGACUCACCUUGACUCACAAGAUUAUGAGGGACAGUGUCCUGUUCAUGUUGCAACCUUGUCAUAUGAGUGCCCUGUUGCUCAUCCUGACCAUGACCUUCCCCGACAAACGGUCUCCUAUUCCUCACUUGUUUUUCAACAUCUAUUUACACACCCAGUGGGGUGCCAUCGGGGCCUUGGUUUUUCCCGAUCUCAGGGAUCAUUACUUGAUUGGCGAAACCUUCAAUUUCUUCGCAGAACACAUCUUAAUUCUAUUGGCCCCCAUUUACAUGAUCUACAGUAACCGUUAUUUGGUGUUGCCGACUUCGCGUGAUCUUGCCUUGUUGUCUUUCUCCAUCUAUGGCUUCUUCCAUUCUCCCGUACUCCAUUUCUUUGCUUUGAAAUCGGGAUUGAAUCUCAACUAUUUAUUCACUCCACCUCCGAUCAAACUGUUGAUUCAAUUGGGUCCCUUUUAUCGCAUUACACUCUAUGGUACCGCUCUGGUUGCCAUGUUUGUCACCCGAUACGGCCUCGUCAACGGUAUCAUGGCAGUGUUGCCUAGAAAGGAAGCGCCUGCACCCAAGAAGAUCAGCGCACCCAAGAAGAUUCAAUAGAAAAAAGCAUCAUCAUGUACAUACCAUGCAUUCAUCUUUUUCACGUAAAUUCAUCUGGACGUAAUAAUAUUCAAAGUUAUUCUUUCCCAUCAUCUUUCGUCGGACAAUCUCGUUUUGUUUUUAACCAUGCAUGAUUCUUAUU